CGGAAAUGAAGAAGAAACAAAUCCAUAUGGUGUGUGACGUAAUCUCUUCCUCGGAAGCUCCAUCUUUCACCACCGCAUGACUCUGUGCAUAUUGGAGCAGGUGAGAACAUGAAUCAAGAAAAAUUGGCCAAACUUCAAGCCCAGGUGCGGAUAGGAGGAAAGGGCUCUGCUCGCAGGAAGAAGAAGGUGGUGCACAGAACGGCUACAGCCGAUGACAAAAAGCUCCAGAGUUCGUUAAAGAAGUUGGCUGUCAACAAUAUUGCUGGAAUUGAGGAGGUGAACAUGAUCAAGGAUGACGGGACUGUGAUCCACUUUAACAACCCCAAAGUUCAGGCCUCUCUGUCGGCCAACACCUUCGCCAUCACGGGCCACGCUGAGACCAAGCAGCUGACAGAGAUGCUUCCCGGCAUCCUCAGUCAGCUGGGAGCCGACAGCCUCAGCAGCCUGCGCAAACUGGCAGAACAGUUCCCUCGGCAAGCUCUUGACAGCAAGGCUCCAAAGGCAGAGGACAUUGAGGAAGAGGAUGAUGAUGUUCCAGAUCUGGUGGAGAACUUUGAUGAAGCAUCAAAGAACGAGGCAAACUGACACACAUGAGGUUCACAUGCACAUGGACUGGACUGAAAAGAAGACAGAAAUUGUUCCCAUGUGUUAUUAAGUCUAGUCAUCCAGACAUAUCUGACACUAUCCCCCCCAAAAACCCCAGAGACUUUUCUAUUUCCCAGUGACCAGUGUCCCUGCCGACUGGCUUGUAAACGACAACAUGCACACACAACCAACCUCCCUUCUGGUAAAUCCCUUCAUCACAUUCAGUCAGUCAGCAUCAGGAUUACAGCGCUCAUGAAAGCAAGUCUUAAAACAUUUUUUUGUUGUUGUUUAUGAAACAAAAUAAAAGUGAUCAACAUUU